ACAAGUAUCGACAAGUAUCACACUUGGUAGGAGAGCACAGAUUUAAGCGGACACCUUGCAUUGUCUCGUUUAAAAAUGUCGGAAACAACCAAGAAACCCGAGGAACCGUUGAAAGAAGCAGCCGAUGCAUGCUUGCUAAGAGAAAGCAAUGAAGAGAAAGACGCUGUUGCAGAAAGCAUGGCAGAAAGUGAAGUCUCAUCUGCGGAGCCCCUGGCAGCAGAGGAACACCUCGUAGAAGAAGAGGAACAAGAAGAGGAUUUUGAGAUGGAGUCCGAAUCUGAAGACUCUGAUUUGGAUUCUGGGGAUGAGGAGUGGGACUUGGAGCCCGAGCCACCGGCAAGGAGACCGAAGAGAACAGAGAGUGAAGGCAUUGAGGAGACAAUGGAGGCAUGGAAAGGCACAGACGAGGAGGACGUUGAACCUGAACCCCUAACAUUCAGACCUGCCCGCACACCUGGCACCCAGCUCUUGCAGGGGGUGUCAUACACUUACUUGGAGCUCUUUCAGUCUUUCUUGCCAAACUCCAUUUUACAGACUGUGGUCAUCAACACAAACAAAUAUGGUAAAGAGAAACACACAGAUUGGAAGGAAAUAACAUUAAAGGAUUUGUACUCCUACUUGAGCAUGCGAAUCUACAUGGGCCUCUUGAGAAUGGUCUCCCUUCCAGAUUACUGGAAUGUAUCUGAUCCGUAUAAUCAUCCAUUCCCUGCCUCGGUCAUUUCAGCCCGGAAAUUCUCACUCAUUGCAACCUCAAUUCAAAUGAGUGACCCUGAAGAUGACUUGGCUAACAGUAAGAAAAAAGGCACAGCAGAUUACGACCGUCUUUGCAAAAUUAAGCCCAUGUAUGAGGAGUUGCGAAAGACUUGCCAGGCCUGCUACCAUCCCCGACAGAAUAUUGCGGUAGAUGAAAGAGUGGUCCAGUCUAAAGCCCCGCCUGGACGGAUGCUGUACGUGGAAAUUGAGCAGAACAAGCGGGACCUCAAGAUAUGUGUCUUGGCCGAUUCAAGCAAUGGAUAUACCUGGGACUUCACUGUGUUUGAGGGGAGAAUCAAUAAUCAGUCAGAAAAGGGACUUGGCUAUGACACUGUAAUGGAUCUUGUCAGACCAACGGUUCUGGGAACCGGUUACAAUCUGUAUCUAGACCAUUUCUAUACCAGUCCAACCCUUUUUCUUGAUUUGCUGGAAAAGGGAAUUGGGGCAUGUGGGAACAUUCGCUCAAUCCGGCUUGGAUCUCACAGACGUAAAUCAGGGCAGCUGGAAAAUAAGUCUGUGCGGGGCAGCAUCCGUUGGAUCAGGGAGGGACCCAUCGUGUUUGUCCAGUGGAAAGACGCAAGAGAUGUCCUGAUGUGCUCAACAGUUCACAAGGCUCAUGGAGAGGAAACUGUUCAGAAGAAGAAGAGAGACCUAGACGGACAGUGGGCCGUGAAAAGCAUUGCUGUUCCACCAGCCAGACAGGAUUACAACACGAACGUCUCCGAUGCCCCGAUCGGCUGUUACAGCGCCCUCCGCGAAGCUAAAAAGUGGUACAGAUCUUUCUUUUAUCACUUUGUGGACAUCGCCGUUGCGAAUGCCUUCAUCCUUCACCAAGAGUUGGCCAGGGCUAAAGGAGAGCGGAUGAUUACACAGACGGCGUUUCGCGAAGCGCUUGUGCUUGAGCUCCAAGCGGCUGGGACUCCUGUCAGAGCUAGGCAAACAGUCCCACGUUCCCCUUCUCAAGAUGGAGAUGCCUGUCCAGAUGCUGGUGGUGCUGGAAAAGAUGCUCCUGCUCCUGCUCUAGUUCCUGCUCCAAAUCCAGCUUCAGGUGGCAUGCACAUACCGACGUACUUUGCAACUGAUGGUACCAAUGGUCGGAAGAAGUGUGUGCUUUGUCAUCGGAAAACUCCAUUAGGUUGCUCCAAUUGUGAUAAGGCUUUGUGUUUCGUCGCCACACGAGAUUGUUACAAGAAAUGGCAUACCUUGCACAAUCCAUAGGUGGUCUUUAGUGUCUGUUUUUUUAUGCAGGUUUUUUUUUUUAUGCUGCCAAACUGUAUAUAUACCCAUCUAGUGUGCAACAUAUUAGUGAUUUUGAGCACUCAGUUUUGAUUUUUACACAACUUCUAUGAAGUAUGAGAGUACUUCUCUUAUCCUGCUUAAUCUAAAUGAUUGACUGUAGGCUAACAAGUUAUGAAGUACACAUCUCUUCAUUAGUGUGCUGCCGUGUACUAAUUCAGUCAUUACAUUUGUGAAUAAAUGUGAUUUAAUGAUCAA